GAUGUAGUGAAUUGUGUUAAAACAUUUCCAAAUUGGAAAGGUGCAUUUGACAAGGUUGUUUCUGUCUUCGCAUUGCAUUGGGUGAAGGAUCGCAGAAGAGCAUUUCAGAACAUUUACGACUGCCUCAGACCUGGCGGGGAGUGCUUCCUUCUAUACGUCGGUCCGAUGAAUCAAAUACUUGGUCACAGUGAGGAUGAACUUCCGUAUUACUUGAAGAAUAUUAGUAAAUGGAAAGAACAUCUUAAAGAUUACGAGAACAAAAUAUAUAGUCAAAUAACUAUGGAAGAUAGCAUAAGGUUUCUGGAAUCAGUUGGCUUCGAGGUAAUAACAGCAAACUUACACAAACCAUGUGACGAACUUGAUCUUCACAAAGACCAAAUAAAAGAUUAUCUGCGCACACUUCUUGGUCAUCUGAAUUACCUACCCGAGCAAUACCAUGAAGGAUUUCUACAAGAUGCUACUGAUUGGUGCAACCAAAACUUUCCCGUCAAUCAACGAGGAAACCAAUAUAUGCGACUUGAAGUAAUGAUGCUCCGAGCCAAAAAACACUAAAUUUACUGAAGACCGGAUAAAUAGCCUGAGAGCCGCACAUUUCACUUUUCACAAUGGAGGUCUCUGUAUAGGACCAUACUGUACCUAUAUGAGUCUAAAUGAAGCUUAGACUUACGACACUAAAUUACUAUGGCUCCAUUCAUUCUGAAUUUGUUGGCCUGCAGAAUUUUAGAAACUAUUUUUGAUUAAUAUAUAUUCAAUAUACUAUAUAUAGAAACACGAAUUUGAGUUCUUAUAUUUAGUAACCAAGGUCAUAAAAUUUAUUGCACAUUUCAAGAAAAUAUUUGUAAAAAGCACAAGCAGGUAAUUUAGAUGAUCAACAAGUGCCUGUAUGAUCAAGUCAAAAAAGGAAAUCAUAUUCUACUACCUAUUGACUUAUAAAUCAAUUUAUAAAUCAAUUUAUCAAUCAAUUUUUAUUAAAAUUAUUCUGUCCAGUCCAGGGUAGAUAGUGACAUAAUGACCAUUGGCAGUAUUUACUACACAUAUAUAUAAUAUUCUUUGUAUUUAAAUGUGAAUUGCAAAACAAAGUAAGUGAAGAAGAACCAUACAUUUAAAAACCAUCAA